AUGCUCGGCCAGUCUCCUCACCUUAUUGGGGGCAUCUUGUGGAUCCAGAAUCCAAUGAGAGCUGUUCACUGCAACCUGAGCCAGAAUGGCAUCGACCACCAGAUGUGCCCAGAGGACAUGACGUCACAGCUAGAAGAAGAGGAGGAGUCGGUGGAUGCGGGGCCUGUUCUGCUGGACGACGACAGCCCGAGCUACCAUGAUGUCAGCCCCCCCAUGUACCAGCGCCGCUCGCCGCCACACCGCUCUGUCUCCGAGUCUGAGCUGUCACGGCCAGGAUAUGUGAAGCUGUCCAAGCCAGUGGCCCUGUGGACCCAACAGGACGUGUGCAAAUGGCUGAAGAAACACUGUCCCAAUCAGCACCAGAUCUACAGCGACUCCUUCAAACAGCACGACAUCACAGGGCGGGCUCUGAUGAGAUUGACAGACAGAAAGCUGGAAAGAAUGGGCAUCAUGCAGGAAGCCCAGAGGCAGCACAUCCUGCAGCAGGUCCUGCAGCUUCGCGUCCGGGAGGAAGUCAGGACCCUUCAACUUCUCACACAAGCUUCCCUUGUCUCUUACUCGGCAAUUCUAGCAGCUGCCCUCCUCCAUCACCGCUACCACUCCACAACACCACCCCGCAACACCACCCCUACUUCCAUCAGCACCCGUCUGCCCACAGACUCUCAAACAGGGCCUUGCCGCAGGGGCUGA